AUGCAUGGUGCUGGGCGUCGCUUAUCGCAGACGCCUCGGACAACUAGCUACCUCGCUGGUGCCUCUCACUAUCCAUAGUGUUACUUUGAAACUAAAUGCAGUGCAGAAUAUGUGUACAAAGAUGCUGUUGCUUUCUGUGUGUUAGUUCGUUCUUGUGAAAGCAGGGAAGCCACCGGAUAGUUACAGGCAAGAUGUCUUCCUGGUGGGGUCCGUUUCUGUGGUCGCUGGCAGUCUUAUGCUCGGUACUUUUAAAUUGGCGAGGCUACGUGACCGGCUGGUUUUGUAUCAAUGUGACAGUCGUCGCAUUUUGCGACGUUUUCUUUCUCAGCGCAUACGAUUCUGCAUUCGAAAAACUGGCCAAACAGCGACAGAAGCUUGAGAAGAGAAAGAAGCAGGCCGCCGCCAAAUUUAAGAGGAAAAUCGAGGCAUUAUCGGCAUCGUCGUCCUCAGUUUCACGAGACUACGGAAAUACUCCGCGCUCCUAGAGGAGACACGGGAGAAUGUGGUAUAAGUACAUUCAUGAUGAUCAAGACACGGAAAGUAAAUGCGUGCCUUGUGCACUUUCUAUUUUCAUGAAAAAAUAUUCUUUAGUGUUUUCAUCCUACGUGCCAAAAAAAUCUUCAACUGCACCUCAAACCAUAAAAUAUUUUGACAGCUUUUUCUCAUCGCGCCGCUCGCACUGACUCUUCUCCCAGCCACGUGGACAGACCAGUAUCCCGCCCCGCCGGCGAAGGUGAAGGCAAUUCCGGUGUCGCCAACGGAGAUUAGGCUCGUAUGGAGCAGCGGAAGUCGGAUGUACGGACCGCUGCACACGGAGCAGUACCGUGUGGAAAUGCGGAACGUGUGGAAGCAGAACACUGUGCCAUUGACCGAAGCGCAGGAAAAGGCCACCAAGUGGCGCGUUGUCGGGGACGACUUCGAGGUGACGGGCGCCGACGGGUGGACCUGUAGCACGGUGGUGGACAACCUGGAGGCCGGCGGGGAGACUGAGUACCGGGUCACGGCGUGGAAUUCCCGCGGGGAGACGCCCAUGCUGCAGAAUCCCGUGCGCGCAAAAACGAAGCUGAUGCCCAACGACGAAGACGGCGGCUCCGGGCCCAACUACGUCUGGGGCCAGACAAAGGAGCGCGUCACGGUGGUCGUGAAACUGAAAACAGAGGAAGACGACGAUCAUACAACUGUAGAUCCUGCGACAGGAGAAAAAAGGAACCCUGGAGCUCGUCCACCUCUCAUCGUGACCAGUAAGCAGAUAGAUGUAAAGUUGAAACCGAAGGAGCUGCUGGUCAAAGUGGCCGGAAAAGAACGAUUGAACGGGCAGCUGCCGUUUUUCGCCGUUCCGGACGAUUUGACGUGGACUCUGGAGGCUGAGAAAAACGCUUUGGAGCUGGAAUUCGCGAAGCGGGACCCGGGAACCAAGUGGCCCACUCUGCUGCAGGGACAUCCGGAAAUCGACGUCGAGGAAGUGGUGUUUUCGUCGCGGAUGUUUGGCGGUAAGGGCAAGUUCAAACCGGAAUUGAUGAAGCUGGGUCUGACGUGAGCUUGGGAUCUGCAUUUUGAAACUGCUUGAUUUGGAUAGAAAUUUUUAUCUUUCUUGUUGGCUACGGCGAGCGCGAGACGAAGAAGUCUUCGUGUAAAAACCGCAAAACGCAGAAAAUUUUCUACGCGCGUACGAUAGAAUUUCAUCAGGGGGACUGCGAUGUUGCCUAGUCCAACCUAAGGAAAUUAGGUUAAGUACGCUGGUGCUACAUCGCAACUAAGAAAGCGAAAGCAUAAAGGCAGAGUGUCUGCGAU